GAGUCCAGGGACGUCUCCGGCCUGACCUGGCACGAGCCGAAGUCGCACCCCCGCCACAUCUACCGGGAGUCCGUCCCGCUGGGGCUGUCGCCGCUGGGGGCCUUCGAGAUCAGCGAGCUCCUGGAGGGCCUCGAGAAGCGGUGGCCGGCCAGGUCGUACAACUGCUUCAGCCGCAACUGCACGGACUUCGCGGCCAUACUGGUGGCUGGGCUCAAGGUCCCGGAGCCCUUCCCCGCCUGGGUCCACGGCAUCGCCAAGCGCCUCGUGGCGGCGGGGCCGGCGGGGCCGUCCGCCCCGCCCGCCGGCGCGGGGCUCUGCCCGGGGUGCUGCCCGGCGCCCGGCGUGAGCACGGCGGAGGUGCUGCCAGAGGAGGAGAUCGCGCUGCCCAUGGCACCCCACGGCGUGCCCGAGGCCGAGGAGAUCCUGCCCCCAGGCGGCCGCGACUACGGGCAGGCCUCGAAGGGCAGGUUCCGAAGGGAUUAG